AGUAUGCAACAGUUGUUUGAUAAAAAACGAAGAAGAAGAGAGUCACAUAAUGCAGUUGAACGUAGAAGAAGAGACAAUAUCAAUGAUCGUAUAUUCGAACUAUCCACACUUUUACCCGAAAGGGAUGCCAGUAAAAACAACAAAGGUACAAUUCUAAGGAAAUCAGUAGAUCAUAUUCGAUUAUUACAUGAAAAGGUCAAUCAAUAUCAACAAAGGGUGCAAGAGCUUGAAAAUAUGUUGGACAUGUACCGAAUAAGAUGGGGUGAUCAA